GGGAGGAUGGAUGUGCGUGCGUGAGGAGGGCUGUGUCCCUGUCAGUGUGUGCGGGGCGGGUGGAUGUGUGUGUGUGUGUGUGCGGGGAGGUUGUACCCGCCCGUGCGAGGGGCGGCGUGUGCCUGUGAGGGAGUGCGAGGGGCGCUGCCUGCGCCCGCCCGCCACGCUCCGCUUCGCCUGGGGCCCGGCUGCCGCCGAGGGGCGGCGGGAGGCGGCGGGGGCGGCCAGCAGCACCGCGGCGGGGACACCCGCCUUUUUGGGACGCGGCUGGCAGCCCUGCCCGCCGCCCGCCCGCCCGCCGCCGGGGCCAGGACCGCCAUGCCGCGCCCGCCGAGCCCUGCCCGCCGCCGGCCCCGCGGCUCGGCGCCGCCGGCAGCGGCGUAGCGCGCCCGCCUGGGGCGCUCGGGCCGGGCAACGCGGGCGGGGCGGCAUGGGGGCUCCCCCCCCCGCGGCGCUGGGCGCGGAGGGGAUUACAAAUGAGCGGAGCGGCCCGGCGCCCCGGGACCGCGGGCACCCCGGCAUGUAGAGCCUGACGGAGCGGCGCGGAGGUUGCCCGGUCACUAUGAACAAUGGCCCAGCUAUACUACAAAAAGGUAAACUAUUCACCGUACAGAGAUCGGAUCCCAUUACAGAUCGUGCGAGCAGAGGCAGAGCUCUCAGCGGAAGAGAAGGCCUACCUCAGCGCUGUGGAGAAGGGGGACUAUGCCAGUGUGAAACAUGCCUUGCAAGAGGCAGAGAUCUACUACAACAUCAAUAUUAACUGUAUGGAUCCUCUUGGUCGCAGUGCCCUUUUAAUAGCCAUAGAGAAUGAAAAUCUGGAGAUCAUGGAGUUGCUUUUGAGCCACAGUGUGUAUGUGGGAGAUGCUCUGCUGUAUGCAAUACGGAAAGAGGUGGUGGGAGCUGUGGAGCUGCUGCUGAAUUACAGGAAGCCGAGUGGUGAAAAACAGGUUCCAACCUUGAUGAUGGACACACAGUUUUCAGAAUUCACUCCAGAUAUCACCCCAAUAAUGCUGGCGGCUCACACCAACAACUAUGAAAUCAUCAAACUGCUUGUCCAAAGACGGGUAACAAUUCCACGCCCACACCAGAUCAGAUGCAACUGUGUGGAAUGUGUCUCCAGUUCAGAGGUAGACAGCCUGAGGCAUUCCAGGUCAAGGCUGAACAUCUACAAAGCCUUAGCCAGCCCAUCGUUGAUUGCCUUAUCAAGCGAGGACCCCAUCUUGACGGCCUUCCGACUGGGCUGGGAGUUGAAGGAGCUCAGCAAAGUGGAAAAUGAGUUCAAGGCUGAAUAUGAAGAGCUUUCACAGCAGUGCAAGCGUUUUGCUAAGGACCUUUUGGAUCAAGCACGGAGUUCCCGAGAAUUGGAGAUCAUUCUCAAUCACAGAGAUGAUCAAAGCGAAGAGUUGGAUCCACAAAAAUGUCAUGAUUUGGCAAAGCUAAAGGUAGCAAUAAAGUAUCACCAGAAAGAGUUUGUUGCUCAGCCAAACUGCCAGCAGCUACUAGCAACACUUUGGUAUGAUGGUUUUCCAGGAUGGAGGCGGAAACACUGGGCAGUAAAACUCUUGACUUGUGUCACCAUUGGACUGCUAUUUCCUGUGCUAUCCGUGGCAUAUCUGAUUGCACCGAAGAGCAGGCUGGGACUGUUCAUUAAAAAGCCAUUUAUAAAGUUUAUCUGCCACACCGGCUCUUACCUAACCUUCCUCUUCAUGCUUCUGCUGGCAUCGCAGCACAUCGUCAGGACUGACCUUCACAUGCAGGGACCACCUCCCACCAUCGUGGAGUGGAUGAUCCUGCCCUGGGUUCUAGGUUUUAUCUGGGGAGAAAUCAAGGAAAUGUGGGAUGGUGGAUUCAAUGAGUAUGUUCAUGACUGGUGGAAUCUGAUGGAUUUUGCAAUGAACUCACUCUAUCUUGCAACUAUCUCCCUUAAAAUUGUUGCCUACGUAAAGUAUAACGGUUCUCGUCCAAGGGAGGAAUGGGAAAUGUGGCACCCGACUCUCAUUGCAGAAGCCCUCUUUGCAAUAUCCAACAUUUUAAGUUCCUUGCGUCUCAUAUCCCUGUUUACAGCAAAUUCACACCUGGGACCCUUGCAGAUUUCUCUGGGACGCAUGCUGCUAGACAUCCUUAAAUUCCUUUUUAUCUACUGUCUGGUGCUUCUGGCUUUCGCCAAUGGACUGAACCAGCUUUAUUUUUAUUAUGAGACCAGUGCCUCGGAGGAACCCAACAACUGCAAGGGGAUCCGAUGUGAGAAACAGAACAAUGCCUUCUCCACACUUUUCGAGACCCUCCAGUCACUCUUCUGGUCUGUGUUCGGUCUGCUGAAUCUCUACGUCACCAACGUGAAAGCCAGACAUGAGUUCACAGAAUUUGUUGGGGCCACUAUGUUUGGGACCUACAACGUCAUCUCCCUUGUUGUGUUGCUGAACAUGCUCAUAGCCAUGAUGAACAACUCCUACCAGCUCAUUGCCGACCACGCAGAUAUCGAGUGGAAGUUUGCACGGACGAAGCUCUGGAUGAGUUACUUUGAUGAAGGUGCCACUCUGCCCCCUCCUUUUAACAUUGUCCCAAGUCCCAAGUCAGUCUGGUACCUUUGCAAGUGGAUUCACAAUCAGCUGUGCCCAGGCAACGACUCUGACAAUGAACAGAAGAGGCAUGAAAACCUCAAAACAUUCACAGAACGUCACGCUGACAACCUGAUUCAGAAUCAACAUUACCAGGAAGUGAUAAGAAAUCUUGUGAAAAGAUAUGUUGCAGCAAUGAUAAGAACUUCCAAAACCAACGAAGGUUUAACUGAAGAAAAUUUCAAGGAAUUAAAACAGGACAUCUCAAGUUUUCGCUAUGAAGUUCUUGACCUCUUGGGAAAUAGGAAGCCCCAGAGGAGAAGUUACUCUACCAGCAGCACCGAGGUGUCCCAAAAGGAUGAAGCAAAUGAAGAUGGUGCUGGAGAAAAAUCCAAAGCCAAGAGUGUGUCUUUCAAUGUAGCCAACAAAAAAAAGGACUUCAAUGUAUCUGCUCUAAUUAAAACUAUGUCCGGGAUCAAUAUGGUGGAAGAGAAGCCAAAAAGCAAUGGGAUCAGUAAGCGCUCCUUUGUCCGAAAUGGAAAUAGAGUUCAGAGACUUUCCAGCUCCAAGAAGGAGUCCUUUAAGAGACUGGGCCUGCUUUUCUCCAAGAUGAACGGACACGUACCUGAACCAAAUUCAGAACCCAUGUACACUAUUUCAGAUGGAAUUAUUCAGCCACACUACAUGUGGAAAGACAUUAAAUAUUCUCAGAUUGAUAAAGAGAGAGAAGAGAAUUGUUCCAAAAGUGAAAUUAACCUCAAUGAGGUGGACUACAGUGGGAACACAAGACUUACAGGACAGAGCAAGGAGUGCCCUGUGGUUUGUACCAGCUCCCUUCACUGUGCUUCCAGUAUUUGUUCCUCUAAUUCCAAACUUAUAGACUCGUCAGAGGAUGUGUUUGAUUCAUGGGGAGAGGCUUGUGACUUGUUUAUAAACCAGUGGAAAGAUGGGCAGGAGGAUCACGUUACAACUCGGCUAUAAGUAAAGCUAUCUUAACACUCGCUGGAAAACUUAGCCAAUUAUUUGUAAUUGUUUGCUCUCAUCUGAUUCAGCGUUACUAUUUCCUUUCUAUCCACAGGUGAAAAAAAAAAGUGUAAAACUACUUAUGUUAGCCUAUUUUAUAGCCAUCUGCACCUUUUUUAAUUUACUUUUUUCUACACUCACAAGUACUAAACUAAAGCUUUCACCAUUUAUAAGGUCACUAUAAACCACAGGAAUCCCCUUGGAUGCAGUCUUAGUCUUAAAACCCCACAGACUUCAGACACACUGGUGGCCGAGUAAAGGAUUUCUCCAGUGCUCUCAUCGUCAUCCCGCUGCCGCUGGGUUAUCACUGCUGCUCUCCAACGCGAUCGGCUCUGUGUCCUGCUCGAUCUUCCUCAUCAACCCAACCAGCUGGUGAGCAGUGGCUUAGCAGGAGGCUGAGAAUCAUACUUAAAAUCAUUUUAGAAAUGGUUUCAACUUAUAACUGGCUUUUUGUUUCCCUUAAGCAAUAUGACCUCUGAUUCUUUCAGUCGUGUGUGUUUUUUCAGGUUGUUUGUUAUAGUAAUAUUGUAAACUGGUACUGAAUAAGAGAUCCCUUUGAUCAUCCAGCUAGAUCAUGUUAUGAUUUGCUUAUUUACCUAAUUCCCACAAGAAAUUCCCCCUGUAGGGAGCAGAAUGACUUUCCAGUUAGGCUGACAGUAGAAGCCAGCCCCUGGCGCCACUACCAACUUCUACGUAGAUGAACUGACCCAAACCCAGCUGCGGCUGCUUGAAACAUAAACCUCAGUGUGGUUCUCGUAUUUCUAAUGGGCUGAACCGAAACCUAGCCCUGAGCCAUGCCCUUACACCACACCCCUCGAGCUGUAUCUGGCUUGUGUAAUUCCUAAUCUCACUUCCACGGCUGCAUUUGCGUUUUGCUGCCUCUCUGAUGGAUGUCAGGCUUUAGGAAGAAAACCAUCCUCCCGGUAUACAGCAAAUGCUAAGAGAGAUCCUGGGCCCGUGAGCUGCAUUUCUGAAAAGCAACAGCAGCUCAAACUGUAUCUGGCAGCCUGCAAAGUCUCUGCAGUUCCUUUUCUAAGGUGCAACAAAAAGGAGUGUGGAAGUAGAUGUUGUCUUUUAUUUCCCCAGUUGUGGUAGUGUCUGGACAGGGCCUAGCAAUGUCACUGCUUCUGUCCUAAGGAGCAUCCGAGAGGGGAGAAGACAACCCCCAUGAAGGGCAAAAUGGCUGAAUUUUUAACAGUGAUUUUUUUUUUCUUUAAAAAUGUUAUACUUGAACUCUCUUCUACGGUGUUGCUAAGAAACACAGAUGAUUGGCAUGCACUUACCACCACUUCAAAGCUGUUAUUAGCUGCUUUCUUGAAGGAAGCAAGUCCUGACCAGGAGUUCAGAAAUGGCCUUCCCAUAUGACAGAGCUUCAUUACUGCACUCACACAGUCAUGCUUAAGGCUCUGUUUCCAGGAGAGGUUACACAAGCUGGAGCAUAUCCCAAGGGUGGUUGCCAAAAAUCACCCCUUCUGUAAAUUGGGUUGUGAAUUCCAUUUGUAAAAGCAUAAUGCUGGCAAAUCUACACCUACCUUCAUCUACACACUGGUCAGAUUUUACCAGCGAGGGGCAGGAGCAGCUCCCAUGGCAGGACAGAGGGUGAGGAGGAGAGGGAUUCCCAUCCAUGCAAACAUUCCAAGGUCAGAGCCCCAUCCAACCUGAGCAACCUGAUCUAGUUGAAGAUGUCCCUGCUCAUUGCAAGGGGGUUGGACUAGAUGGCCUUUAAAGGUCUCUUCCAACCCAGACUAUUCUGUGAUUCUGUAUUUUCUCACAGAAGAGGUGCUGGGACACCUGCAGCUGAAUACUCCGAGUUUUGAACCUGGCUCCCUCCUCUUGUUAAGGAAAACCACCUUGUUGGGGUUUCCCUUUGGGCACCUAUACAGCAUUACCUAAAGGUCAUGAUGGAGCACACCUACAUCAGAGAGAUGAACGGGAGCAAUGCAGCCAGCUCCUGUAGCAGCAUUGCAGAUGCCAACGCACCAGACUCAUGGGAAGUUUUCAAUACAGACUUCAAGGUGGAGACCGUGGCUCUAGGCCAGUUCUGGUGUCAUGAAAAAUUAGCAACUAGGAGCAGUGACUCAAAAAUGUAUCUGUAUUCCUUGCUUAUAAAUGACACCAGUCUUGUUACCAGCAUGCGAUAUGAAGCCUAAGAUAUUUAAGCCUCUAGAUGUGUUAGUUAAGACAGAGUGAAAAGCAUUUUUGUAUCAACAGAUUUCAGGCUUUCACACUAAUUGCAGGCUUAGAGUUGUCUUUGAAACUGCAUCUCCUCUUCCUUUAUGAAAGGCUGAGCCAACUGACAUUGGCGCUACGCAAGGAGACUUGCAAAGUCUGAGGGCCAGAAGCAGCUUGCUGAUCAUUCGUGAAGAAAUCCUGCACCCCUGUCUUUGAAGAGGCAAAGCCAUCGAUAGGCGAGAGCUGCAGUCAGAACCAACCGAAAAUAAUUCUCAAAGCAGCUGACAAUAAAAGCGCCACAGUUUAAUAAACCAAACCAAGCACAUUUCUGGAAAGAUGAACAUUAGCAAGAGCUGCUACAGGGGGAUGAAGGAAAGGGUUUGAAUCAUUUUAUGCCUCACUAACCACACUGCAGUUUAUGAACUCUACUUGACAUGUGGCCAGCAAAUCUUUGUGGUAUUUCCUGUGUAACGAGUAAGAAUGAAAGCAAUUCAAGUACGGUUAUGCAGAUUACAUCAACUGAGUUUGAGGCUGGGACAGAAGCAGGUUCAUAUCCUUGGACAAUAGAAAGGCUUUUAAGUUUUCCGCGAGAGCAAGCACACUGCUGCUGGUGAUGAUUAUAUUGUGUCAUUCAAAUACAGCACUACGUAACAGGUACAAAUAACAAAACGAAACGCAAUUAACUCUGCAGUGGUGCCCCAAAAAAUGUAGAAAUGACACUGGGCAACGCAAAUCCCUUCUCUGCAAACUGCGUGAGUCAUGUUCCCCUGCUGUGUCCUGAAAGGGCGAGGGUAGGAACUGCCACAUCGGAGUGGCACGAUGGAUAAUGCAGUCUGCAAAAAUCUCUCGAUAAUGUUAUGUUAUAGGCGAGAGGUACGUCACAUGGCUGCCUGGCUGCGGCUCCCCUGGGAUUUGCUUCAUGACUCAGACACUUCCUAGCUCCCAGCUAUGAGCUAGUUUGAGCUGACUUUGGAAUUUAAGACAAAUAUUUGAUUUGGCUGUGAUUAAUACAUGUGUCCAGAGUUUGCAAAACUGUCAAACUGGUCCCCCCAAAGGCAAAAUUCUGUUUGACUGCAUCUAUGCAUCCCCUUUGGUAGCAAUAGACUUUAUAGGAGCUGAUGAAUUAUUAUUACUACUCUAAACCAGGAGCUUCAGGGGAGGGAAAUUAAAGUAUCUUGUGAAAAAUACAUUUGAUAAGCAAAACCUGUUUUUUUUAAUUCACUUGCAGUCACAGUAUUUGGGAUUUCACUAGCAUUGCUCAAAAACAAAGUAAGUUUUUGUGAAAGCUAUUCUUUCCUUCAGAGAAAUCGAUGAACUACCCCUGGGCUGUCUGUGCAAGCGACCAGGGGAGGGGCUGAUGGGACACUUCGAGCUUCUCAUGUGAGGAGUUAAACUUUUCCUUGGCUUGGGUUCAAGAUGCACAGCUGUGCUCCAACUGCCUGGCCUUUAUUCUGUGGGCUUCAAUAAUAAUGCUUAUAUAUAUGCAAGGAAUUUAGAAUUAGGAAUAAUAGAAAACUUGACAGCUUGCCCUUUCUUUAGGUUUCUUGCUCUUGAAGUUGCUUUAUUUCUCGCCUCCCAUCCCCAGUGUCAUUUUCGCCUGGCUUUUUAAAGCAGCACACCUAGAAAUGAUCACCAACUAAAAAGUUAACAAAUAACAUCCAGGGUUAAGAAUAUCAAAUAGAGACAGGAGGUGUUCGUACUCAGGUCAGAGAUUAAAGAAGUUGUUUCAGAAACAUGAAAUUAACUGACAUAUCUCUGCAGGUUAUUUGGAUAAUUGCAUUUGUAUAGUAUUCACUUACUGGUAAAUAUGUAAAUACUGAAGUAUUUGUAUAUGUGGUCCCUCCAAAGGAAGCAUGCACAGCGGUUAGAGCCAGGAUUAGAGAACGGGACUUCUGCGGGCUAGUCCCAGCUCUGCCACUGACUCACCCGUGACCUUGGGCAAGUCACUUAGCCUCUCUAAUGCCUCAGUUUCCCCAUCUGUAAAAUAGGGAUAAUAAUACUUACCUACCUCGCAGGGGGGGUUAGUUCAUUAUUUAUAAGCACUUUCAGAUCUUUAAAUUAAAGGCGCUAUAUACAGUAAGUAAUUAAUAUUCGUAGCAGUAGUAUGUACUUUUAUUUUCUUACAACUAAUUCAGGUUAGGAUUUAACUCUAUGUCCGUUACAAUAGUUUUCCACGUAGAAAACUAGCAUGGUUUCCCACGAAGGGAAUUUAGGGGACUUCUGUAGGCAGAGAGCAGGAGCAGCAUACCCUGGAAGCCUAAACUCUAACAACCUUGCUUUUGUCAUUUAUGUCUCACCCUUAAUGUCACCUUACUGUAUUUUGUGUUUCAUUCUUUUUCCAAUGGUACAUGUAACAUGAUUUUUAGCAGAAAUAGCCACUGUAAAUACUAAGAGUAUUUAAAUAAAUAUAUUCAUGUAUAAAUAUAAAACCUUACCUUUUAAAGAGGUUAAAAUUGGUUGAUGCAACAGACUUUAAGCAUGAGGAGGUUCCACAGGCAGCCCAGCACUGAUGCACGUGCACAUGGCAGGAUACCGAAGUAGGGCUAUAGGAAAAGUUCACCACAUGUCAUCACCUCCUUAGUAUUCACUUGUCACCCCAUCACUGUCAAGGGCAGCACGUCACACAGGUGACAAGAUGUCACAGGACAGUGCACAAUGCGCUGGGGCAAGGGGAAGCUGCAGCUGAAGGAAAACCAUCCUGCUGCCUAUUUUGCCCUGAGGAGCGGGAUAUGGCAGCUCCCAGACAGUCACCUUGGGCAGUGGCAUGUCACCAACAUGAUGGCUGCUGGAGGAACCUUUCCUGGACAGUGGGAGACUGUCUCCUGCAUCCCUGCGAGGGGACUCUUCACCCCAAUUUCUCUGUAGGUACAAUUUAGGGGUUUAUUUUAGUGCUUACUCAGGAUAAAAGUCUUUGGGUUGAGUGACAGGAGCUCUAUGACGUGACUUGCACAAUAAGGGCACUACGAGCAUUCUGAGCUCCCUUCCAGGAACGCGAGCAGUUGCAGGGUAUCUGCACCGGGUAUUUGGACAGUUACUAACAGCGUAAGCAAGGAUCUGAUUUACUGCUGGGAUUUCUAGCAGGUAGAAAACUACAUAAGCACCUGCUCCUCUUCCCUUGGGACUGCUCCGCUUCGCUUGGCUUUGAUAUUUCUACUUUCCUUUUUGAAAGGCCAAAAUCCCAAAGAAAAACAUAUUUCAAUUAACCAGGAAGAGGUACCUUUUGGUUUAAUUUCUGGCCAAGUUCUCCUUCAGCCAGUUAACUUGUCUGCGGAACAGUGUUGGCACACUGCGGGACAUGGCCAUGACGAAGCUCUGUGCAGCCUCAAAGGCUGAUUUCCAAAGGAACAGGAUCACCCUCCCGUCUCCGUUUUAAUUCCACAGUCAAACAGAAUGGCAAAAAAGAAGCAAAACCAUCCAAACCACUAGGGCUGCCGAGAAUUAAUGAAAGUUGUUACUUAACUAGGAACUCUGUGGAGCUGUUUUUGGGGUGGAUGCUCUGGAAGGACCUCUUCCUUGCACGACGGACUUCCCGGGCCAUCCGGCGCCGCAGCCCCGGCCGAGGUGGGCAGCACGGCUGGUUGGAGCCUGCCCAGGUGUGCUGGAAGCACCAGUCACUCUCAGUCAUGCAACGGUAAAAUUAAUUGGAAUCGGUGAGACUACAGUGAAUAAUAAAUCAGCUCACUGGAGAAGCAUCUGAAAUAAACUGUUACCCAAAUAACCUGUAGUUUUCAGUGAAUGUGUAACUUGAAGCCUCACAACUAUAAAGUCAAGCCCUUACUAGAUUUUUUUUUUUUUUGGAGGCGGCGGCAGCGGGGAGCAUUCUGGGCUAGCCAGAUGAGCAUCUUCUCUAAAGAUUUAUCAUUUGAUUCAAUUUCAUGUUCACACUACUUUUCCCCGUUUCAGGCUAUUACACUUUUACAAGCAAGUCAUUCAUGUAUUAUUCACAAAAUUGCCUCCACCCAGAACAACUACCGCUCCAGAGUAAAUUUUUUUUUUUUUUUUAAGAUGUGCAAAACAAAUGACAAUAACAGCAAUAGGACCCCCC